AUGUCAUCAGCUUCGCCCGCGCCCUUGCUAUCAGAGCCUUCUGAUAAACUCUUGGCACCUGCUUCACCUGACUCACCUGUUCCCUUGAAGCGCACAUUGGAUCGGUCUCCCUCUGAUCGGGCCGGCAAGCGCGCUAAAGUUAAGGGCCGUACAAACAAAAGGACUUGGAACGAGGCGCGUGACCCUGACGAAGAGAGAGGAGAGAAGGCUCGAGAUAACUCAUACCACGAAAUUUGGUACUGCAAGCACUGCGACUCCGCAAAAAAGCCGAACUCGGUAACAACCAACCUAAGCCGAGCCCGCAAGCACCUACGGGACUUUCAUGGCAUCCGAGUUGUGGAGCAGGUAGAAGGGUCAGUCUUCUACACCUAA